AUGCGUCAGCUGCGCUCACUGGGCUUCAGUGGGGCUGCCAUGCAGGCUCAGGUGGGGAAGGAGGUGCGUGCCCUGUUGGACGUACUGAGCAAUAGUCGUGGAAGGCCAACACAGCUCAAUAAGCUGCUGGCGCCCUCCGUGCUCAACGUCAUCCUCCAAUUCUGUGCUGAAAGCCAGCUCCUCAUGCUGUUUUACGACAUGUUUACUGCUGGUGCAGAAAUGACAAGCAACUCUCUUCGAUUUGCUUUCCUUGUGAUGUUACGGCAUCCUGACGUCCAGGAACGAGUGCACAAAGAGACAAAAGAAGCAGUUGGUACUGACAGACUUCCAACUCACGAGGACAAAGACAGGUACUUAGAUCAACUUUAUACUGAUGAACUUAUGGGAGAAAAUUGUUAA